ACAUCUCUGCCGAUACAAUAUUGGGCAUAGAAAAAUCAGUUUAACGUCCGGCAAAAUGUUUAUUUUUUGUUGUGUCCGGCUGUCAUUAUACUCUGUCGUGAAUAAUUUCACACGAAUUCAUCGUCUGCAGUUGUUCCAACGGGUUGAUGCAGUAUCAUUGUGUGAGAAUUCUGAAUAGCAAGCAUCCAAAUUGAAACGAACACAAUCAAAAAAGUUCGAUUUUCAAUCAUCGAUGUAUGUCGUACAUGCAGCCCGUAGCUUUGUUCGGCUCAGUGAUACAAAUUUGUGUAUUCGUUCGUAUGGAAUUGCCUAUAUGUUUUCUUUCGUUCUGCUCCACAAAAUUGGCAAUGGGAAAAUCGCAAGUGAGCGAAACGACACGAUUCGACGGUGUUUCAAACCACAAGCAUUGAACAAAGUCGUAUCAUCACGCCACUCAAAAACAACACUUCAACCAGCGCACAUAGACAAACGGCAACGACAUUUUUGACGACAUUUUUAUAGGAGAAAAAUUAGUUUUUUUCAUCCAAUUUUUAUAUGCAAUCGAGUUAAUAGGAAUAUUUUGACAACUUUCGAUUUUUAAGAAGGAGUUUUUGUGUGAUUCCUGUGACGAACAACAAUCCAAAUUGAUUCCGAAUAGCAAGACACAGCGAAAAUGGAAAAACUCGCUAAAGCACCGAUGAUUCGUAGAUCACUCACGAAAGUGACAAACACACAAUCGACAACGUCGCUAACCGACAUGAAUGAUGACUGUUUGACGAGUGUUUUUGAUUACUUGGACACUGCCAACUUGGUAAAUCUAACUAAAACAAAUAAACGAUUGAACAACAUUGUCACACACCGCGUGAUUCCAAGGAAAAUUGUACAAUUGGACAUGCAACGAUCACCAAUUCGCGCAAUGAUGAAACUGUUUGGUGGAACGAUCACCCGAAUUUCAAUCUAUGCUCAUAAUCGGCCAAGCAAUCAGCCAUGUAUUUCGAGUUUCGCUGAAAUUUUUCAUCUGCUCACCGUUUACGGUACACCCGGGAAAUUGCAGCAGCUCACUAUCAACGGUUUAUUUGAUAAGGAUUAUGAAAUCUCAUCAAAUGAGUUUGAAAAUUUUCGGCCAUACCUUGAAAAUAUUCACACGCUUAGCAUCGGUGUGAAAUAUUUUGAAAAUGUGUAUAUCAAGCGUUUCAUGAAAAACAUCCCGAAGCAAAAUCUUCGCCAUUUGUCUUUGGACAAUAUUCCAUUGAGUAGCAAAUGGCUUUCAGUCCAAUCACUUCCACGUCUACGAAAUAUUUGCAUGUAUGUGAAAGUAAACGGUCAAAAUCUUCAUUCAAUUGGCGACAAAUUGACGAGAUACAUUGCCGAAAAACCACAGUUGAGCACCUUCGAUGUCGUUCGCGUGAAUGUUCCAACACACACAUUUAUGAGCCAGAUGGGAAUUGAGUACGAAUUGAUGCGGCAACACAUUCAGAUCGAAUUGUCACGACACGUUCCGAACAUCACUCAAAGUGGUACGGCCAAAACCAACUCGAUGGUUGAUCAACCAACUAGCGUUACUGGCCAAAGUGUUACUCUGGCCAAUCGCAGCUAUGGAAAAGCAAAAUGGGAACACCUGGACAACUUCACAAACUUGAAGAAUUUCAGCCUGAAAACACAUGCUAAAGACUUCAGGGAUGCUGGUGAAGUUUUCCGAAUUUUGGCCGAGCGAAAUACAAUCGGAUACCUGGAAUCGAUCAGUGGCUUCAUACCGCGAACGGAAAAUACCAGCUACCCAGUUCAAUUUGAUCACUUGCGCCGAAUGACACACGUGAAAUCGCUUCAAUUGGUCGAUUUCGGCCGAUUGCAUUCAGAUAACUUCGUGGGUAAGCUAUUUGAAAAUCUCACCAGAUUGUAAGAGUACACCAUAGUUGGCACCCAGGUUAAACAAGCCCCCAUCAUCAAAUUGGUUCAAUCCAACCGAAACUUACGAGUUCUGAACAUGGCAUCACUAUCGUCAUCGUUCUACCGAAAAUUGGUGAAGGUGCGACAAACGGCUCAUCCCGAUCUUGUAGAUCAACCGCUCAUCAUUUGAAAAUGCAAAUCAGAGCUCACUAUCCGUAUGUAUAAACCAGAGAUCAUCGCGAUUGAAUAUAUAUUAUAUAUAUAUAUUAAUGUUAGAUGGGUAGACAUACCUUUUAGAUCGUUGUGUUUGUAUAUUUAGGUUCUUUGUUUUGACCAGUCUCAAGACUCACAGAAUCAAAAUCAAUCCAAUUUGCAUGCAAAUUCGGAAUUUUUUGUAUUGAACAAACGAAUUUCAUACUUUAUAUAUACGGUUUGAUUGUUAUUUACAAUUUUUCUGUGAAAAAUUUUAAUUUAUUGAACGAUCGAACAGUUGUUGAGCAACAGUCAUUUUUGUAUUGAAUUUAAGCAAUUUCAUCGUAAGCGAUUGGAUAGACCCAUUGAAAGUGAAAUAGACAUGAGAGAUUUUGUAAAUCUUAAUUUUAAUUAAAUGAAACAAACGACGAAAAUAGAAGUAUAUCGAUUAAUAUAGCAUUACAUUGUUUAUUACAAAUUGUAACUGAAAAUUAGAUAUUAUCAGACGAAAUUACUUCAUUUUGAAUAAAAAAAAUUGAAUUUGAACGGAA